AUGCCUUCUGCCUCCGAGAGCUUUGGCUCCGCGAGGCUCGCUCCCCUCUCUCCCCCCUCCCCGCCCUCUUCCCUCUCGCCCUCCCCGAGCUCGCCCACUCUUGGCCAUGCCACUCCGCCCCCCGCGGGCCCCUCUGCCCUUGCAAGGAACCACAUUUUCGCGCUCUCCUCCGCGCCCUCACACGCGCAGUCCCAGAAGGUCCCCCGCAAACGCGCACACCGCAACUCGAGCAGGAGCGGCUCGGAUGGCUCUGGCACGGAGACCCAGCAGGAGGUGGACUCGGCGCUGACCCUCCUCUCGUCUCGUACGCCCGCAAAGCCGGAUCUCUUCCGCACCGUCUCGCCCACCAAGGCCCGCCGUGCCGUCUCCCGAAGAACGCCAUCCCCUGUCUCUUCCGCCUCGUCGUCUUCCUCCAGUCCAGACCGCGUAGUGCCGCCAAAUUCCGCCUCGGGCAUCGGGCGCAAGGUCGCAGCGUCCUUGGACCUCUUCAGGGAGACGGCGCCGAGCCCGUUGCAGGAGCAGAGCGAGGUUGAUGUAUUUGAUCUCCCCCGCCCCGAGUCAUCCUCGUCCAAGAGGAGAGGAACCGUUCCCGUCGACCAGGUUGGUCAGGCCCAGUUUGAGUUCGUCAAACGGUCCGACUGGCCCGACCGCGAGGCGGCCGCUAUCCGGAGGGAGAAGAGCUCGACAGGCUUGGAGCGUGUCCGCACACGCGAUUCCGUCUCCUCUGUCGCCAGCUCCCGCGAGCCCGACUUCCGAAAGCGGAAGGAGCGCACUCUUUCCCGCCGCGACACCGUCCUCAGCGACCUCGUCCACUGGCGUGCCGCCGUCGAGCCUGGCCGCGACGACGACGGCAGGGGCCGCCCACGAGAGCGCAUCGUGCGGGUCGAGCAGCCCGUCCCGCCGCCCCUCGAUCUCUCUGCCUCGCCCGGUUCCGAGUCCUCCAUCUCCUCUGCCUCAACGCUCCAUCACGACACUCGUUCCCCCAGGUCGCCCUCAGUCGCCCUUUUGCCUCCCCUCUCUCCCCAUCUCCGCGCGUCACCCUCUCAUGACCUCCAUCCGCCACUCUCGCCCCUGGAUCGUCCCGUUUCUCCUUUCGACCUCCACGAACUCCCGCCCCCUGCUCGUAGGAGCUCGCCGUCCCUGGGCGAUGUCCCCACACCAACCCCCGCCGCUGCCGUGACACGCUUCGAAAUCCCCCUUGAAUCUCCCUGGUCCACCGACGACGAUGACGACGACGACGACGACGACGACGACGACGACGAAUCAGCAUGGGAGACAGCAUCCAUUACCACCUCCACUUCGACGACGUCUGCUUCCUCGCCGUUCCCUCUCUCACCCUCUCGGGACAGCCCCCAUCCCCAACCUCGAGUGCACAAUCCAAGCGACGAGGACGAAGAGCGCCUGCAACGGGCAAUGUUGUCACCUUACGACGACUUGGAGCUUAACUCGUCCGCUGAUGGUCCUCCCGAAGCCAGUCUUAUCGGGUCGUUCGGCGAAUCCCAGGAGAGUCUGCCGCAUAUCCCCCUCCGCCCCUUCCGUAAUCAAGUCGGUGGGCACAGUGCCAUCUACAAGUUUACUAAACGCGCUGUAUGCAAGCCGCUCGUCUCGCGUGAGAACCUGUUCUACGAGGCUGUUGAACGGGAAGCCCCUCCAUUGCUUGAAUUUAUCCCUCGGUACCUGGGCGUCAUGCUUGUAAGCUACCGUAAAGUGCCGAAGAGCUCCAGUGUCUCUCCUCAGCUACCCUCCAGCGGCAAUCCCUCCGCGAUUGUCCGAGCGUCGCAGGCGGCCCGUCCCAUCAUGCAGAAGGCCGCCAGUGACAGCCCAAGGACUGUUUCAUCGAAACUUGCCGAAGAGGACGAGGGUGACACCGAUGACGAGGAAGCCGAGCUCCCUGAAGUCGCUCUUGAUUACAAUCGGCACAUCAUUCCCCAAUGGCUACUUCGUGGCGGACGUCACCGCUCGAUGUCGCAUUCGGCUUCCUCCUCGUCAGUGCCUCCAGUCAACCGGCACCCUCGACGCCCUCACAUCGGUGGGCUGACUGCAUCCAGCCCGGACUUGGGCAUCGCCUCCCGCUUAAACCCCUUCUCCCCCAACUCCUCCCAGCGGCCUCCAUCGAGCCGGUUGGCUCACUCCCACACUGCAAACGACCUUGAUGACUCCACGCCGUCGACCUCACCCCGCUUCCCCUUCCCCGGAAACGGCGCCGUUUCUCCGAAUGGCCCGUUCCAAAACGGAUGGUUCAACGGAACGGGUUCCACCGUCGUCAACACCAAGCUCCGGGACCAUGUCUUCAGCACCCUUCUUCGUCGCCUAUGUCGACAGGUUCCUGGUCGCGGAGUGAGUAGCAAAGGGGAGGACGACGGCGAGGUGGCAGAUGGCGAGGCGGACAGGGGACCAUUCAGCGACGGCUCGCGGCGGUAUCGUCGGAAGAAGAAGCUGAGCCGAGUCGAACGGUUGCGGGAGGAAGAGAGCAGCCUGCUCGGGCAACCGUUGCGCCGGGUGCAGAGCGAGCACCAGAUCAGCAGCCUUGGACAGUAUCCCACACACGCCAACCAGCAGCAUGACGGACCGGCGGAGAUGUUUGAGUUCGAGCCGCAGGAAGCUCCUAUGUCCACGUCGCAGGUUCGCGAAGGACAGUCGUUCUCUGCUCGUUCCUUCGGCCGCAGUCGGUCGCGCUCUGUCCCUCGCACCCUCGUCCACCCCCCUCUGUACCACGAUGCCUGUGUACUGUCGGAGCAUGUCCGCGACCCCGACCCGACUGUAACCCGUCAGAAUCACUUCAUCUUGAUGGAGGACCUCACUGGGCGGCUGAGGCACUCGUGCGUGCUCGACCUCAAGAUGGGCACGCGGCAGUACGGCAUGGACGCGACACCGGCGAAGAAAAAGAGCCAGCGGAAGAAGUGCGAUAGGACGACGAGCAGGGCGUUGGGGGUGCGCGUGUGCGGGAUGCAGGUCUGGAACCACGCCUUGCAAGCGUAUGUGACCCAAGACAAGUAUAAGGGCCGUGAAGUCCGUCCCGACGAUUUCCCCGCUGUUCUUGCCUCCUUCCUCCACAACGGCGAGAGUCUCCUCGUCUACCAGAUUCCCAUCAUCAUCCGCAAGAUCUAUGCACUCGCCCGCAUCAUCAACCGCCUUAAGGGUUACCGCUUUUACGGCUGCAGCCUGCUCUUGAUCUACGACGGCGACCGCGAGGCCCAGGAGGCCUUUCGCACUUCGGUCCUCGACCACCCCUCGGCGCGCAGCAAGCGUGGCGAGUCACUGGAACGCCAGCUGGAUGCCCGCUCGCAGAACGAAGUCCCGGCCUCUCGCACGCUCCGCCGUUCCCACUCCGAGGACCUUCUCAUCGGCCCCGUCGCCGACCGCUCCUCGCGACGCCGGAAGCGCGGCGAGAUGCAGAUUCGGCUCGUCGACUUCGCGCACACCACCACGGGCCAGGACUGGCUGCCGUCCCCACCCCCGAACGGGGAGACAGAGGAGGUGACAAGCGGAAAGGGUUACCAGGCGGAGGUAGACCCGGUGACGGGUCUCAUCUACGCCCGCUUCCCGCCACAUUACCCGGACCAGCCCGACCGCGGGUUCCUCUUCGGGCUGAUGAACCUGGCGGAGACACUGGAGCGGAUCUGGAACGAUGAGCGGCUGUCGCGGAUCAAGCUCUCGCGCGAGGACCCGUCUGCGGCCGCAGAACAACUCCCACCACUCGCCACGGACGGCAAGGAGAUCUUUGACAAGAUCUUCAGGCGACCCGGCACGGGCGAGGAGGACCUCGGGUAUAUUUCGACUUGA